UUACUCACAACGAUGUCCCUCUCCCCAUGUUUCCACGCCGUAGCGGAUCCUUUCCUCGGAGGGGGAUCCCCACAGACAGAGACAGAAAGAGAGAGAGAAAGAGCGAGCGAGCGAGAAAGAGAGAGAGAGAGACAGAAGCGCGCCGGUAGUGGACAGACACGCACCACGCACGCAUGCACGCACACUCUCGCGAGCAGCGUCUGUCACACAAUGAGUACGCGCGACUGGAUACACAGAAGAUACGCUUCCUUUGUAGCGCCGCUCACACGUCGCCGUCGACGUUUGACACUCGCUCGAGCCCGACGACCGCUCGUCGCCGGCGGCCCCACGCGGCCAAGGACGCGCCACGGACACGGGGAAAGAGAGAGAAAGAGACAUAUUAAUGUAAGUAACAAUGAAAAUGACUUACGUACUAGUCGUCUAACUACGAUAAUUAUAGUACUAUAG